CCCGGUUCCGUCCGCUGGCAGGCCCGGCACUGAGGCAGCCACUGAGGCACAGCGGCCGCUCCAGCAGCGGCGUCUCCCCGGUCCUCUGCCCGGUUCCCGCGCGGCUACAGCGGCCAGAGAGGGAGGAGAGGCCGGAGGGGCGCAGGGCGCGGCGGGGGAGGAGGAUGAGCGACCCGGGCAGGAGCUCCGCUUCAUCCGCCACCAGCGCCGCCAGCGCCACGGCCCCCGCCACCGGACCCGGACCCGACACCUACAGGGGCUGGCUGUUCAAAUGGACCAACUACCUGAAGGGGUACCAGCGCAGGUGGUUCGUCCUGAGUAACGGACUGCUGUCCUACUACAGAUCGGUGGAUGUGUGUUUUGUGAGGAUUUGUUCUCAGAUUGACAGGACGCAGGCGGAGAUGGCGCACACCUGCCGCGGCACCAUUAACCUGGCGACGGCGCACAUCGACACCGAGGACGCCUGUAACAUCGUCCUGAGCAGCGGCGGCCGAACCUACCACCUGAAAGCCGGCACUGAGGUGGAGCGGCAGAGAUGGGUGACGGCGCUGGAGCUGGCAAAAGCCAAGGCCAGCCGCAUGAUGAACGACCAAUCCGAUGACUCGGGGGAGGAGGAGCCCACGUCCCGCUCGGACCGCAGUGAACUGCAGGGGGUCCUGAAGACUUUAGCAGGUAAACUGGAGGAUCUGUCCACCUGUAACGACCUGAUAGCCAAACACGGUGCGGCGCUGCAGCGCUCCCUCAGCGAACUGGAGACCCUGCGCUUCCCCCCGGAGAGCGGAGAGAAGAUCAAAGCCGUCAACGAGAGAGCCACCCUGUUCCGCAUCACCUCCAACGCCAUGAUCAACGCAUGCCGAGAUUUCCUGGAGCUGGCGGAGAGCCACAGCCGCAGAUGGCAGCGAGUCCUGCAGCAUGAGCGAGAACAGCGCACCCACCUGGAGGAGACCAUCGAGCAGCUCGCCAAGCAGCACAACAGCCUGGAGAGGGCGUGGCGAGAGGCACCCACACACUCCACUCACUCCACCCUCACGCCAGACACGCCCUCCACAUGCACAGGGGUGAGUGGGCGGAGCCGAAAAGAGGAAGCGAGUGAUGAAGAUGAGGAUACAGAAUUCUUUGAUGCCAUGGAAGAUUCACCUGCAUUCAUCACCGUGACCGCCACAGACCCCGCCCACCACAGGCGUUCUCAGAGUAAUCUGAGUGGACUGAGUGGGGGGCAGUACAGUGAUUGGAAUCUGGAGGAUCAUUCGUCCCCCAGCUACAAUAAUUUAUCAGGGAAAGAAGUCCGGCCCCUCAGGAAGAGGCGGAGCCGAAUCCCAGAAAAGCCCAACUACUCUCUGAACCUGUGGAGCAUCAUGAAGAACUGCAUCGGCAAAGAGCUGUCCAAGAUCCCCAUGCCUGUGAAUUUUAACGAGCCGCUGUCGAUGCUGCAGCGUCUGACGGAGGAUCUGGAGUACAGUGAUCUGCUGGAUCAGGCGGCGCUCUGCGGUUCCUCUCUGGAUCAGAUGUGUUUGGUUGCGGCGUUUUCUGUUUCCUCCUAUUCGACCACCGUCCACCGAACCGCCAAACCCUUCAACCCCCUGCUGGGAGAAACGUACGAACUGGACCGACUGGAGGAGUUCGGCUACCGCUCGCUGUGUGAACAGGUCAGUCAUCACCCUCCGGCCGCCGCCCACCAUGUGAUGUCACAGCGAGGCUGGACCCUGUGGCAAGAAAUCACCAUCGCCAGCAAAUUCCGCGGCAAAUACCUGUCCAUCAUGCCCCUGGGUUCCAUCCAUCUGCAGUUUCACUCCAGCGGGAAUCACUACGUGUGGAGAAAAGUCACGUCUACCGUGCACAACAUCAUCGUAGGGAAGCUGUGGAUUGAUCAGUCGGGGGAUAUUGAUAUUAUAAACCACAGAACUAAAGAGACGUGUCAGCUGAAGUUCUCUCCAUACAGUUAUUUCUCCAGAGAGGUUCCGCGCAAGGUGACGGGUGUGGUGUCGGACAGUGAGGGUCAGGCGCACUACAUCCUGUCGGGGACGUGGGACGAGCGGAUGGAGAGCGCCAAGAUCGUCCAGAGCAGCCGCGGAACCGGCGGCACCGAGGGCAAACAGAAAACCGUCUACCAAACACUGUCCCCACGACUGCUGUGGAAGAAAUACCCUCUACCGGAGAACUCGGAGAACAUGUACUACUUCUCCUCUCUCGCCCUCACGCUGAACGAGGAGGAGGCGGGAGUUAGUUUGACGGACAGUCGGCUGCGGCCGGACCAGCGGCUGAUGGAGGCGGGGCAAUGGGACGAGGCCAAUUCUGAGAAACAGAGACUGGAGGAGAAACAGAGAGCCGUGAGGAGGAGGAGGGAGACCGAGGCCAACGGCGCCAACGAUGAAGGGAGGGAGUAUGAGGGGUACACUCCGCUGUGGUUUGAGCGCAGGACGGAUCCUCUGACAGGGGAAACGAGUCACGUGUACAGAGGAGGAUACUGGGAGGCCAAAGAGAGGCAGGACUGGAGCGCCUGCCCCGAUAUUUACUAACAAACAAACAAACAAACAAACAAACAGGAGGAACCAGAACCGCCGGGACGGACUGACCCCCCCCAUCAACCAAACAGCAACCGGGACAGAGAUCUGAACUGUGUGUGUGUGAUCUGUAUUGCUCCGCCCCAUUUAUUCCAAACCAAAUCAGGAGCUCUUUCUUUAGCAAUGCCCCUCCCCCAAACUGGUGCAGGAGGCAGAGCUUAUACUGGAUAUGGGGUGAUUGUACCAUGGACAGAUUAAUCAGAUUAAUUCUAAAUUUAUAAAAAAUAUACAGUUUAUAUAACCGCAUCUUAUCUUCUCUGGACCUAAUUUGCAUAUCAUGUGGAUACAGUUAUUAUUUUAAUAUUAAUCAGAACAUUUCCACAGAAUUGGUGUAAAUUACCCAGCAUUCCUCAGUGUAGAGCAUCACCAGGACUUUCAUAUUUAAAUCAGUUCAUUAAAUGUCCAGAAGUUUGUAUACACCGCAAAACUAUCAACUAAAACUCCUCCCCAAUCAACCAAACCCCUCCCCUAUAAACUAAAACUCCUCCCCUAUAAACUAAAACUCCUCCCCUAUCACCCGAACUCCUCCCCUAUUACCCGAACUUUUCCCCUAUUAACUGAACUCCUCCCCUAUCAACUAAAACCCCUCCCCUAUCACUCAAACUCCUCCCCUAUCAACCAAACUCCUCCCCUAUCAACCUAACCCCCUCACUCCGUCUCAGUAUGUCUCUCUGUCUCACUCUGCCUCACUCUGUCUCAGUAUGUCACUCUGUCUCAGUAUCUCACUCUGUCUCACUGUCUCACUCUGUCUCAGUAUGUCUCUCUGUCUCACUCUGCCUCACUCUGUCUCAGUAUCUCACUCUGCCUCACUCUGUCUCAGUAUGUCACUCUGUCUCACUCUGUCUCAGUAUGUCUCUCUGUCUCACUCUGCCUCACUCUGUCUCAGUAUCUCACUCUGUCUCACUCUGUCUCAGUAUGUCACUCUGUCUCACUCUGUCUCAGUAUGUCUCUCUGUCUCACUCUGCCUCACUCUGUCUCAGUAUCUCACUCUGCCUCACUCUGUCUCAGUAUGUCACUCUGUCUCACUCUGUCUCAGUAUGUCACUCUGUCUCACUCUGCCUCACCUGCUCUCAGUAUGUCUCACUCUGUCUCAGUGUUGCCAGGUUGAACAGAGGGUGUGUCCCGACUCCUCCCCGUCCCGCAGGGGCGUGUCUCCACCUGUGCAGAAUGUAGAUUUUAGGCCGCAGGUGGGACGCUCUACCUGUCCUGCACUCGUGUGAUAAUUUUAUAUUAACAGAAAUAAUGAUAAAUAGUAAUAAUAAUAUAAUUAUUAAUAAUGAAGAAAUGAUGAUGCGUGAAUAACGCCGCUAAUACAUGCUGGAUUUAUUUGUAUUAUUAUUAUAUUUUUUUUGUUCUGGCGUUUUAAGAAAAACAGAAACAUGAUAAGUGUCUUAUAAUGAUGAAGAUGAUGAUGAAGAUGAUGAAGAUUAAAAGGAUAUUGUAGUUAGCCGUUUAAUUUUUUGGAAAAGCUGCUUUGGUUUGAUUUGAGAUUUUAAUAUUUUGUAUUAAAGAGAUUUGCUGAAA